UUUGAUUUGCACGCGCGCAGACAGACCUACCGGUGUAUUUUAGUGGCGGCCAUAUUGUGCAUCGGCUGAACAGGUUCUUCUCGUGAUUUGAAAGUUUUGCAGAGUUUUCAAGUUAAUAAACGAUAGUUUGAUUUAAUUAUGUUCUUCUUGAUAAGAUUUAUCAUAGCGAUGCAGCAUACAACUGCACUUUAAUUUGAUUGAGUACAGCAGAAGGUGAAAUGUUUGUGCAACCCUUUACUUGACAAGCCGCCGAGCAUUGUCCAACCUCGUGUGAGUGCAUUUUUGUUGCAUUCUCGUUAUUUCUUGUGCACGGUAAAAAGUAAGUUCGCUUGGUUCCGCAAAUUGUGAUCACAAUCGUGAUUAAUCCGCGACGGUUCGAGCGAAACCCGUCCCCAAAACCAGAACCGUACACACGUUUGUGUACGCAGUACAGUUCCGCGUGUGCACAUAAUCGAUCGCAGGUUCAACGAACGCGAAAACAUUCAUUCGCCCUCCCCCACCACCGUGCAGCAUUACAAGUGGUUGCGAGGCGGGUUUUUCCUGCACCCCGCAAUAGCCAGGGUUUUCACACGUAACCAAAAUGGUUUUCGCGAGCUACAACAGUGCGUCGUAUCUGCUACCGCUGGAUAAUGAUCAGAGCGUAUCGUUCUAUCGGAACGAGAAUCGACUCUUCCCAACCGCUAUCGGGCCGUCCGCUGGGGGUGUUGGUGCACCCCCACCCGGAAGAAACAACAGUACCACCUCCGCGAACGACAUGAGCAUUACCGACAUGCUUACCGCGGCCUACCAUCACGAGAUGCAGCAGCAGCACCAAACGGUCAGCGGUGGCGGAGCUGGUGGUGGCGGUAGUAAUGGCACUAGCGGUGGAAACAUGAACGCGGGUGAUUGCCCUUUCGGCCGGGUUCAAUCACCACCAACCGCGCAACACCACCAGCAGCCGCAGCUCCAUCGCCAGCAACAACAGCAGCAGUUGUCGGUGUACCCGUACCAUCGUUUUGGUGGAACCGUUGCCAUGUGCGACGAUUUCCAGCCGGUUGGCUACUUCAACGGAUCAUCCAACGGUUACUACGGGUUCGUCCCAUCGCUAGCUCCAACAGGUGGCGGCACAGAUGCUGGGGGGCAUUCGAGCAAUAACAACGUGCUUCCGGGUGCUGCCGUCAACAACAAUCGUCCCCCAGCAACAACGGCAAAUGUCAACGGUCACCUGUCGGCAAUCGAUUUCCAUGGCAACCAGCACCACCAUCACCGUAUCAGCUGUAAUGCAGAAGCCGGCGAGCAAAACAAUAACAACAACAACAACAACGCGGACGACGAAGGAAUUUUCCAUGUGCAACCGUUUGCGGCACAACAGAUUCCCCGGAAGCGUAAGGAGCUUAAUCAGCCCGAGGAUGAGGAAAUGGACACCAACGUACAGCUGACGGCAGGCGGACAUCAGUACCCGAAACGGCGAAAAACUGACCCGGAAACGGUGGCGGUGGACGGCGGAAUGGGUUUUCCGGUACCGACGAGCGUAUCGUUUGCUGGACACCACGCUGCUGUUGGAGGAGUAUCGUACCAGCACCAGGCAGAGGUACACAACCCGGCCGUCGAUGAGAUGGAAUGCCAGGACCAGCCCGCCCAGCAACAUCCCGCCGUGACGCUGCAACCCACCACUAAUGGGUUCCAUGCGGUGGACGUACAUCAUCCCGCCGGACAGCAGCCGACAAGCAAGAAGGAGGGAUGAACGGUUGCCCAGCGCCAUCGAUGGUAGGGAUGAGCGCGAUGCUGCGCUGCCGAAGCUGAUGCCCAUUCAUCCGUGUGUUCAUCGGCUUCCGGUCGGUCGGUUCGGGGGCGAUCUGGACCUGUUCCACAGUUUGCACGGUACCGGUGGCUGGUUGCCGGUAGGAAAGUGACCUUACUGAUCGGAGGAAGCGUUGCAACAGAUUUCAAGUAUCGUUACGUUUUGGUCGGCUCACCGAUCCGUAUCCGUCAUCCAUCGGCCGUCGUCUCCACUAAGCGGCUGACCGCACUCGCACGUUCUACGAUGUACCUACAGACGGAUGUGUUCGCCUUUUUAUAUGACUCUACGCUAAGGAAUAGGACUACAAAAGGAUGUUAGGAGUGUAAGUGAGCACCCGCACCCCGCACGGAAACGCUACUAGAAGUGUACUUAACUAUAGAGACUUAGAGCACACCGGUUGAAACUAAUAUCGGACGGGCAAAGCAGUCGGCUAAGAAUUCUUUCUUUUUAACUUCUAGCUCUUUCUUUACAAACUCUUUCAACAAAACAAUCAAAACUACAAUUAGACUUAGUAGAAGCGGGAACCAGAGGUUCUUUAUUAGUAUAGCAGAUAGCUCACGUGUUCCCCGUGUGUUGCCGUAGAUGAGAUCUUUGUUGUGUGAUAUGUCCGGAAAAGUGAUGUCUCAAUUGACCAUUUUUACGUGCUCCGGGAAGAAAAUAAAAACACAAAAACGAUG